CGGCUCCCCCGUUCCUCCAUUCGUCCCAUCGGCCGGCGGCUUAAACCCUAGGCUCCUCCAUCGCCGCGUCUGCCCCGCCGCCGCCGCCUUCCCCGUCGCCGAUGGAGUUCUGGGGUCUUGAAGUCAAGCCUGGAACCACUGUUAAGUGUGAUCCUAGCGAUGGCUACAUCCUGCAUCUUUCCCAGGCUGCUCUUGGGGAAUCAAAGAAAAGUGACAAUGCAUUGAUGUAUGUCAAAGUUGAUGACCAAAAGCUGGCCAUUGGUACCCUCUCACCUGACAAGUACCCCCAAAUCCAAUUUGAUUUGGUCUUUGACAAAGAGUUUGAGCUGUCACACACCUCAAAAGCUGCCAGUGUGUUCUUCUCCGGUUACAAGGUUGAGCAACCUGGUGUGGGAGAUGAUAUGGAUUUUGAUUCUGAAGAAGAUGAAGAUGAAGAGGAAGAGCUGAACAUUCCUGUAAUCAAGGAAAAUGGCAAAGCUCAAGGGAAGGAGGAGCAGAAAAGUAAGGCAGGGCCUGUGGCUUCAAAAUCAAGUGCUGCUGUAAAGGAUGUUGAAAAGAAAAGCAAGGAUGAAGAUGAAAGUGAUGAGGAUGAAACUGAUGAUGAUUCUGAUGAUGAGGAUCUAUCUCCUGAGGAAGGCGAUGAUGAUGAUUCAAGUGAUGAGGGUGAUUCCAGUGAGGAUGAUGAGGACAGUGAGGAUGAUGAGGAAGAAGAAACUCCAACACCCAAGAAGCCAGAGGUAGGCAAGAAGAGAGCAGCGGAAAAUGCUCUGAAGACACCUGUUUCUGGUAAGAAAGCAAAAGUUGCCACGCCAUCUGGCCAGAAGACAGGUGGUAAAAAGGGCGCUGCCCAUGUGGCAACUCCACACCCAGCAAAGGUGGUGAGUAAGACCCCGGCAAACAAUGACAAGUCAAAGGAGAAGUCACCGAAAUCUGGUGGCUCAGUCACGUGCAAGUCGUGCAGCAAGACAUUCAGCAGUGACAUGGCUCUGCAGUCUCACUCGAAGGCCAAGCAUGGUGGCAAGUAGGUGCCACUUCUGGGGUUGGUAGUCCGGGAAGAAAUGUGGGUUGUAGGCCUUAUUUUUGUCAAGAGACGUGUCUUAGUGGUUGUUAUGUGGUGUGUUCGUCGAGACUCGAAUUGCAGCAGAACAAGCUGCGGUGAACUUGAAUAUUAUGGGCUGUUCGGCUGGUAGUUUUGGGAAUUGUUGAAUCUGAUCUGUCUUGAUGCUGUGCUUGGUUUUGGUUUA